CUUGAAAAUCAAGAAAAAGACUGUGCAUGAAAUUCAUGCAAUUUUAUGUAAUAAUUAUAUUGUCUGUGUGAUUUGAGACGCAAACUUAAAUCACCCCAUUCGGCCAUAACUUUAGUUUGACUUGCGAUAUAAAUUGAUGACUUUGCCAUUGUUUCCUAAUCACCUUCCAUCAAUAAAAAGCCUCACAACACACCAAGUCAAAUUAUUAGAGAGAUAGAGAAGGGAAACAUACAUAGCUUCUCGAUUCCUGCCUACGAACAUAGAUGCUCCCAAUAUAAGAGAGAGAAAGAGUUGAAGUGAGAGAGAGAGAGAGAGAGAUGGGAAGAGCUCCUUGCUGUGAUAAGGCAAAUGUGAAGAAGGGCCCUUGGUCUCCUGAAGAAGAUGCAAAGCUUAAGGAGUUCAUGGAGAAAUGUGGCACCGGUGGAAAUUGGAUCGCUCUUCCUCAAAAAGCUGGUCUGAAAAGAUGUGGAAAGAGCUGCAGAUUGAGAUGGCUUAAUUAUCUCAGACCUAACAUUAAACAUGGCGAAUUUUCUGAUGAAGAAGACAGAAUCAUUUGCACACUCUAUGCAAGCAUUGGAAGCAGGUGGUCGAUCAUCGCAGCCCAGUUACCGGGGCGAACCGACAACGACAUCAAGAACUACUGGAACACGAAGCUGAAGAAGAAACUAAUGGGAUUGAUUCCUUCAAACCACACCAAAUACUCACAGCCGCCAUUCUCAAACACCUUCCAAACACACCCCCACUCUCUCUCUACCAUCUCGCAGCUCUACAGAGAUUUCAACUCGUUUUAUCUCCAAACUGCUAAAUCUCUCGCCCCAGUUCUCGAACCCAUCCCAUCAUCAUCCCUCUACUCCGACACGUUUUCACUAACCACGUCUCAAUAUCCUUAUUUUCCUCAAACUAAUCAAGAGCCCUUGCCCGAUCUCUGCAACAACAUGCUCGUGUUCGGUGGCAACGAGGCCAGCUGCUCCUCAUCCGACAGCAGGGAUCAUCAUCAUCACCGCGUCAAACAGGAAGAAAUCGGCUGCGGUUUUCAGGGGUUUUACGGCGGAUUUGAUCAAGAGAAUCACAAAUUCAUGCUUCAUGACCCGUUUCUUGAUGAUCAGAAGCCGAGUGGGAUUAAUCUGAUUGGCGGCGACGGUGGGAGCAGCGGUUUGGUGUUCAAUCAUGAUGAGGGGAAGAGCGAUGAGAGAGAGACGCUGUACUACUAUUAGGUAGAGAGAGAAAAUUUGACUGUAAGUACAAUCAGAAAGAUUUGAAGGGGCAUGGCAUGGCAUGGGUGUCGAAGAUUCAGAUUUCAAUUAUUAAAAAUCCGAAAAGAAAAAGAAAAGGAGUUUGAUCAGUUUAUGGGGUUUUGUGUUGUGAUGGAAAAUUUGUGGAAAAAAAAAAAAAACUUCUUUUGUUGACGGUACAUAGUAAAAUCUUUUUUCCUUU